AUGGCUGCUCCUGGAACACUUAUACCAGCUGAUGCACCAAGUGCAAAAGACACUACCUUUAAGAUCCCUGCUCUUCACUCCUCUAAUGACACUGGAGUGGUUUUUGCGAGGCCAAAGCGAUCUCCUGGUGAGGGCACUAGUCAGAACUCUUCAGUGGAUGGUAUAAGUUCUGAAAAUGCAGAAUCCCUGCCUUCUUUCUCUGGUUCAAAUAGUGACACUGGUGUUGGUUCUUCUGGAGUACCUAAUAAAGCAGCUCCUACUAAUCAGCUUGGUAAUAUAUCUUCCACAGCCAUUGGGACUUCUGUAUACAAGGGGAAUCGUGGGGCCCAUGCAGUUGGCGAUGGUGUGCGGAUGAAUGUUAAUGUAGUUCCAUAUGGUCCUAAUAACUCGGAGGAUUCUAAAAACCUUUUUGCAGAUCUUAAUCCAUUCCAGAUCAAGGGAACUGGAAAAAGUUUCAUGCACAACAAACCCGCAGACAAUAAAAUUAAUGAGUUUCAAGGAAGGAAUAAUAACCCUGUUCCCUGUCCGCCUGCAGCAUUGGUGUGGAAGAAUCGAUAUGCGUACAAUGAGGUGCCUAGAAGAAAAGAGAAUGAUCAUGUUGAGGGCCUCUAUCCAAGAAUUAAUCGGGAACCAAAUAAUUAUAAUCAGCCCUCAGCGUCCACCAGUUCUUCUGAAAAAGUUUAUCCACAUGGUUUCAAGUCCUCCAGUAAUUUUAAUCCAUCCAAUAGAGAAAGUGACACCAGGAAUUCUGUAAGUGGUGCCAGUUCAGCAUUGUCAUCAGAUACUAAUCAAUGCUACAGUUCACCUUCUGUUGAAGAAGUAAACUCAAAACUUAAAGAAGAAAAACUCUGGGAUGCGAAGAAUUCGCAAAAUGACUCAGAAGCCGUGGUUAAAGAACAUGAAGACUGCGAAAUUGGUUUUCAUGACCGUAGAAAGUGCAUGUAUGACAGAUUUAUGGGGACCAAUCUAAAAUCGAAGGAUCUAGAAAGUCCUAGUGCAUCAGUUGGUUCCAGAAUCCACAGGGUUGAUCAAAUAUUGGAUGAUGUAGAUGUAGGUUAUGAAAUUUGCUGGGAAGAAUUGGUUAUUGGUGAAAGGAUUGGACUAGGUUCAUACGGGGAGGUCUAUCAUGCUGAUUUGAAUGGCACGGAGGUUGCUGUGAAGAAGUUCUUAGAUCAGGAUUUCUCAGGUGCCGCUUUGGAUGAAUUCAAAAGAGAAGUGCGAAUAAUGCGUAGAUUGCGUCAUCCAAACGUUGUUCUUUUUAUGGGUGCUGUUACUCGUCCUCCAAACCUUUCUAUCAUCACGGAGUUUCUUCCAAGAGGAAGCUUAUACCGGAUUCUUCAUCGUCCUCAAUGUCAAAUUGAUGAGAAGCGUAGAAUAAAGAUGGCUCUCGAUGUGGCAAGGGGCAUGAAUUGCUUGCAUGCCAGUACACCAACGAUAGUUCACCGGGAUUUGAAGUCACCAAACCUUUUGGUUGAUAAAAACUGGAACGUCAAGGUUGGUGAUUUUGGGCUUUCACGCUUGAAGCAUAACACCUUUCUGUCCUCGAAAUCAACCGCAGGAACGCCUGAGUGGAUGGCACCCGAAGUUCUCCGUAAUGAACCCUCAAAUGAGAAAUGUGAUAUAUAUAGCUUUGGAGUCAUUCUCUGGGAGCUCGCAACGCUAAGAAUGCCAUGGAGUGGGAUGAACCCAAUGCAAGUGGUGGGUGCUGUUGGUUUCCAGAACCGUCGCCUUGAAAUCCCCAAGGAAGUUGAUCCCUUAGUUGCAAGGAUAAUUUGGGAAUGUUGGCAGACCGAUCCAAACUUGCGUCCUUCAUUUGCACAGCUCGCAGUUGCUCUCAAGCCUUUGCAGCGGCUGGCCAUACCUUCACAUCUGGACCAGCCUAGCCCACCUCUGCAACAAGAGAUUUCAGUAAAUUCUACACCUUGA